UGUUUCUGCAUCCUGUUUCUGCAUGGAGAAAAUACCAAUUUCUCCACGGAUCCUAGCCUGUCAGCCACUGUGAAUGACACACAACCUUCCUUGUGACAUUAAUCUCCUGUCUUUCGUAUGUCAACACCUUCUCCUUUUAUACACUGCUUUGGAGUUUACCAAAGCACCUGCUCCUUCUUGAGCUGAUGCUAACCUUUAUCUAGGUGAUGGCACUGUGGGAUGGCUGCGCUUUGGAACAGAUAGGACAGGGUAUAUAAAUAAACCUUGAGUGCUAGCUUACCCACAAUCCCUCUGCUCAGAGGCAAGACUGGCCUCAGGGCAAGUGCCCAAUUCCAUGCCAAAAAUCUUUUUUUUUUUUUUUACAUUAGUGUGUUACCCCCAUUCUGGCUGUCUCACCAGACUGCAGGCCCCAUUUCUCUUACUUGCCUGUGUGCCUGAAGCCGGUUGUAGCCCUACAGGAGAGAACAGUGGAUGGAUACAGACUGGACAAAGCACAGUACUUACCGUCUGCCCACCCGUGGGGUGACAGGGUCUUUGCAUACAGUGCCUCUAACCUUCCCAACAGCUGGGCAACUAAAGUGACACACUCAGUCUCACAUCCAGGAAUAGGUGGCGCCAGCCUGUGAGCUACAGAGCCAGGUUUGCUCUGUUAGUCUCUGUCCCUGGAAUCCUAAAGUUGCCUCUGGCCAGACUAGAGGCUCAUGACAGAGCUUCCUGCACAGAGGUGUUAUCUCUGCAGAAGCGAUGUGCAGCUAUGCCUUCCUAGGCUGGAAGAGCCUGUCUGGUGGGGCUGCUACCAACUUCCUUUCCCGGCUAAGCAAAGAGAGAGAGAUGCUCAAAUGAACCAGAUUCUGCUGUGGGUCCAAUCCCCAGGAGGACCAGAGGAGCAGGAAGACCCGGGAACGAGAUAAUAACGUCUCCCUCCCAGAGCUGUCCUGUCAACAAACGUGGUUGAGAGCCUUCAGAUUUCAGGAGCAGGUGGCGGGAUAAGCAUUGUUCUUUCCCCUCGGGUGUCAGCAGAAGCUGAUGGAGACUCAAGCUUUGGAACCAGGGACUCAGGAAGCCUUUGGCACCACCAGCCCUAACAAGGGGGCCCUGUCUAAGACCAAAAAGAACUUCAAAGACUUGACGUCUAAGGUGACAGAGGGACAGUUUGUGCUAUGCCGGUGGACAGACGGGCUGUACUACCUCGGCAAGAUCAAGCGGGUCAGCAGUCCUAAGCAAAGCUGCCUUGUGACUUUUGAAGACAAUUCCAAAUACUGGGUCCUGUGGAAAGACAUCCAGCAUGCUGGUGUUCCAGGGGAGGAGCCCAAGUGUGACAUCUGCAUGGGGAAGACUUCAGGGCCGAUGAAUGAGAUCCUCAUCUGUGGGAAGUGUGGCUUGGGUUACCACCAGCAGUGCCACAUCCCCAUCGCAGUCGAUGCCAGCUGGCCCCUCCUCACGCAUUGGUUCUGCCGACGCUGCAUUUUCGCACUGGCUGUGAGGAAAGGUGGUGCGCUGAAGAAAGGCGCCAUCGCCAAGACGCUGCAGGCAGUGAAAAUGGUGUUGUCCUACCAGCCCGAGGAGCUCGAUUGGGACUCGCCGCAUCGCACCAACCAGCAGCAGUGCUACUGCUACUGCGGCGGGCCUGGAGAGUGGUACCUGCGGAUGCUACAGUGCUACCGGUGCCGGCAGUGGUUCCACGAAGCCUGCACACAGUGCCUUAGUGAGCCUAUGGUGUUCGGAGACCGCUUCUACCUGUUCUUCUGCUCCGUGUGUAACCAAGGCCCAGAGUAUAUCGAGAGGCUGCCCCUGCGAUGGGUGGACAUAGUCCACCUGGCCCUCUAUAACCUGGGAGUGCAGAGCAAGAAGCGCUACUUUGACUUUGAAGAGAUCCUGGCCUUUGUCAACCACCACUGGGAGCUCCUGCAGCUCGGCAAGCUCACCAGCACCCCUGUGACAGAACGAGGGGCACAUCUCCUCAACGCUCUCAACAGUUACAAAAGCCGGUUCCUGUGCGGUAAGGAGAUUAAAAAGAAGAAAUGCAUCUUCCGACUGCGCAUCCGUGUCCCACCCGCCCCUCCAGGAAAACUGCUUCCUGACAGGGCGCUGAUGCCAAGUGACAAAGGGACCUCUGAGCUGCUUCGUAAGAAAGGAAAGAGCAAGCCUGGUUUGUUGCCUCAGGAAUCCCAGCAGCAGAAAAGGCGAGUUUAUAGAAGAAAAAGAUCAAAGUUUUUGCUGGAAGAUGCUAUUCCCAGUAGUGACUUCACCUCAGCCUGGAGCACAGACCAUCACCUGGCCAGUAUAUUCGACUUCACACUGGAUGAAAUUCAGAGUUUAAAAAGUGGCAGCUCAGGCCAGACCUUCUUCUCAGAUGUGGAUUCCACAGAUGCUGCCAGCACCUCGGGCUCGGCCUCCACCAGCCUCUCCUACGACUCCAGAUGGACAGUAGGCAGCCGCAAGAGGAAGCUGGCGGCCAAAGCGUACAGGCCUCUGAGGGCAAAGCAUCGGGCAACUGAGCUGGACGGGCGCUGCGCCUCAGACAGCAGUGCAGAGGGAGCUCCGGGCCCUGAGCAGCAGGAGGAAGGCAUCGACAGCCACACACUUGAAAGCAUCAGUGGCGAUGAUUCGUCCCUGUCCCACCUCAAGUCAUCUAUCACCAACUACUUUGGUGCUGCUGGGCGGUUGGCCUGCGGGGAAAAGUAUCAGGUGUUGGCGCGGAGGGUCACUCCAGAAGGCAAGGUUCAGUACCUGUUGGAAUGGGAGGGGACAACCCCUUACUGAUUCCCCCUCAGAGGCUGCCUGAUCCCCACAAACCAAAGGAGGGGCAGAAAAGGCCACUGGGUCCCCGUUUUCUCCAGGCUUGGGGUGGUGGAGAGAAGCAGGCCCCUGCCUGCUGCCUGCUGGGCCAAGGCCUGUGUGCUGCUGUACCUGAAUCUCCGAGACACCGUUGGUGCUCUCUUGUUGUCUACAGUACACUCCAUACCCCUCAGACUUUUUAUUGGUUCCUCUGACAGUACCCUGGCUGUGACCCCUGAUCUGAGGCCUGAAUCUGUUUUUCAUUGUCCCCAAUUCUCCAUCUUCCGACCUCUCACCCCUUUUCAGCUGUCUUGUGUGGACACACAUCUUCCAUGCACAUACGCUCCUCCAUCCCUCACUGGACCGCAGUGAGGGAAGGAAACCCUGGGGGGUCUUCUGCUUUCUCACUAGUACCCCUCACCCCAGGAGGGCAGGGGUGCCUGAGAAAGUUUAGGAUGCCUGGGACACAGAGCCUGGGGAGGGAGGGCUAGGUCUCAGCCGAGUCUCUGCAGAAGGGACAGGAAUCAGGGUCCUUUACUGAGGCUGGGAGAGGGACUUAGGGAGUCAGGACCAAGGCUCCCUGAAGUUUGCCUGUCUCUAGCUACAACUCUUCACUGUUGUCAUGGACUGGGGCCUGGUUUUGCUGCACUAACGUGUUCUUAAACACAUAGAUCUGGGAGGAAAGGAUGGAGAGGAAAACUAGGCCAGAUUCAAUCCCAUCCCAAACACCGUGGGUACAGACAUUACAUAUUCCUGCCAGGGCUCCCUAGCUCCCUGCCUUGGCCUCUUCUGGGGAUACAUGCAGUAGUUAAAUGUGAGAACCAAACUCCUGCCUCCUCUGACCUGUGAACCAGCCUUGGCCCCACAGAGAAGCACAAGAUACUCCCCUCUCCUGCAUGGCUCCGGCCUUGCCCUGGAGCUGACAAUCACUUUUGGGACAGGCCAGGGAGUUAACAAGGGCCUGAAUCAUUGCUUCCCUUCAGAAAGGAAUUCUUUGUCAUCGAUGGUACAAAUAGAUUUCUUAGAAUGGACAAACUCAGCCCUGUCUGGAGGGAAACCAAAACCAGGGGGUGGACAGGGAGCCCUUACCUUGCCUGCAGAAACAGAAACUUGCUCAUUUGGAAAAAUAGAAAGAAGCACCUUUGGGGUAGGAGUCAGGGGCACCAGAUUGGGACCAGCCUCCCUGACUGCUGUUGUGGCUUCCAGUUGGGAGUGGGAAGAUGGACCGCAUGGUGACAUCAUGGUGACAUCAGACUAUAUCAGAGGCGCUGAUUUUCCCAUGAUUGGGUCUGACCCCUCCACACCUGCCCAUGAGCAUUAAGGGGGGAGGGUACCUGAUUGUAGGUUACAUGGCCCCUGCCUUAAACCUCAGCAACCAUAGUGCCUUGCAAAGGAACCUUGCCUCUCUCUAGACACAGCCACCCUCUUCCCUCUGCUUCCCCGUCUUGGCUCAGGCAGGGAUAAGCAGAUGGACACAGAGCCCAGUUGUCAGUGCCACAGAUGCUGCCACUGAGGUCCCCAAGUGGGGCCUGGUGGAAGGCGAGUUGUGAAGCCAACUCCCAGGCCAGCAGACAUGUGGGAACUGGGGUCAAAUUUGUGGCUUCCUAUUGGCUUCAGUGGGCAUGGCAACCUCCUGGAGAAGUCAGAGAACUAGGAUGGCUGUUUGUCCAUCUGCCCCUCCCCUGCUGUGCCCCAGAAGCUCUGGGACUGAGGAGCAGGAAGGCAGGCGAGGUGCUCAUCCCGUUGGGGAAGCUAGUGCAAGGCCUGACCAGGUCACCGGUCUCCCCACGGUAGCAUUUCACUCCUACAGAUCAUAGCUGCAUUACUGCCAACUGACGGUAUAAUCCUGUGCACCUUUGGAAAGAUUUUGGUUUUAAAGUGCUGCUUUUAAUAAUAUUUGUUAUAUUAAAGUUAUAAUUGAUGUGUCUGGUUUACAA